UUCGGCCUUCAUCCCCCGCCUCCUCUCUUUUACUGAAGCGACUACUGGAGCUUGAUAGAGACGGUGGUGGUGGUGGUGGUGGUGGUGGUGAUGCUGUGCCUUCGUCUAUAAAUGUCUAGAGAAACCAAAAGGAUGGUUCUGACCCAUGUGGUUUCGUCGUUAUUAGCGACUCUGAUUUAGAGGAUCCUCUUUGGGCACUAAAACAAAUGGAGGUUGAAAGGAGGAGGAGGAGGAGGAGGAUAGGAGAGAGAGAUUGUUCUUGUGCUUGCACCACCAUGUCUUCUUCUUAUCUUUGCCCUCUUGCUUUCUCUCUUCUUUUUCUUCUCCUUUCUUGCUGCGACGAGAUGAUCGGCGCCUCGGCCUCCAACUACACGACGCUUAGGUUAGCAAGGAUUCAAAGGCACUUGGAGAGAAUCAACAAGCCUGCAGCGAAAACCAUACAAAGCCCGGAUGGAGAUAUCAUCGACUGCGUUCCCCGGCACAAGCAACCGGCUCUCGACCAUCCCCUUCUAAGCGAUCACAAGAUCCAGAGAGUAGCCCCACAGAGGCCGAAGUUCAAGGUCGAGAGGGCUCCCAGAAAUUACAGUGCGAGUGAUGCACCGCGAAGGGCAUGGCAAGCAUGGCACCACGCCGGCCAUUGCCCCAGGGGGACCGUUCCCAUACGGAGGAGCUCCGUCGAUGAUGUCCUGAGAGCCAAGUCUCUGUUCCACUUCGGCAAGAAGCAGAUGCGAGUUCCUCUCGCCAGGAAAGUCGAUGCACCAGAUGUGGUCAGCGGCAAUGGCCAUGAGCAUGCAAUAGCUUACACUGCGAACAACCAAGAGGUGUAUGGAGCCAAAGCUACGAUGAACGUAUGGGAUCCCUCCGUCCAAGCGGAGAACGAGUUCAGCCUCUCCCAGAUUUGGAUUCUCUCGGGAUCAUUCGACGGCGCAGAUCUCAACAGCAUCGAAGCUGGCUGGCAGGUCAGCCCUGAGCUCUAUGGAGACAGCAGACCGAGGCUGUUCACAUACUGGACGAGUGAUGCGUACCGAGCAACAGGCUGCUACAAUCUCCUCUGCGCAGGAUUCAUACAGACGAACAACAGGAUCGCCAUCGGAGCAGCCAUAUCGCCGGUAUCGUCCCCUGGAAGCAGCCAAUACGACAUCACCAUCCUCGUAUGGAAGGAUCCGAAGCUGGGGAACUGGUGGAUGAGCUUCGGUGAGAGCAUGCUGGUGGGGUACUGGCCGGCGGAGCUAUUCACGCACCUCUCCGACCGCGCCACCAUGGUGGAGUGGGGAGGGGAGGUGGUGAACAUGAGGCCCAACGGCGAGCACACCUCGACGCAGAUGGGGUCGGGCCGCUUCGCCGGGUCCGGGUUCGGGAAGGCGAGCUACUUCCGCAACCUGGAGGUCGUCGACGCCGACAACAGCCUGGUCUCAGCUCAGGCCAUAACGACGCUGGCGGAGAACACCAAGUGCUACGACAUCAGGAGCUUCUCCAACGCCGACUGGGGCACGUACUUCUACUUCGGCGGGCCAGGGAACAACCCCCAGUGCCCUUGAUCUCCUCGUCCUCACCACGCAAACUUAGUGCAUCUCUGCAUUGUACAAUCGGCAUCAGUGCCCUGCAAAGGCUAAGGGGGGGUUUUGUUGCUACUGAGGUGCCAUAGUUCCUCAUAUAGUAGUAGUAGUAGUCGUAGUAGGCACCAUAUUCUUUGAUGGCUUCUACUUCUCCUUGUACUCUGUUUGCUAUAAUGCAACGAUCUUGGCAGCUACCCUUUGCAC